CGACUAAGCAAGCUAAGAGGAAGAUAAAAGGAAAGAGGGAUUAGUGGUAUGAUGUAGUGUACUACAAGCGACGACGACGAGUAAGAACUGUACUUUCACACAUUAUUGUGAGCCUGCAUAACGCGUAAUAUUCAUGUAUAAAUGAACCCGUAAUGCAUGGCAUGCCUCUAACUGCUUACUUCUCUCUCUUUCUCUUAAUCAUUUCCCCCGCUUACUGACAAUAUAUAGCUCUCUUGUAGCACAUCUUGAGGGCGUGUAUAUGUGCAUUAUGUAUGUACGAAACUAGUACUUGCUCAAAGGAGGAGAAGAAGAGGAGGAGGAGAAGGAGGGAUGGUGGAGUAGGUACACAUUUCCAGUAUUAGAUAUCGAAAGAGGAUACAAUAUGUUUCAUCCUCAGCUGGGGAGCGAGCUCGAUUAUCAAAGCGUACCGACCUCCGUGUCAUUAUACCUUUCGUAGUGAUACCACUGCGACAUGUCAAUAAAGGUACCACCAUCACACCACCACACCUUCUUAUCCCUUGCACGCAUUCUUUCUCUAUCACAUCUCUCAUCGUGCUACAGUGCUCUCCCCCCAGCACCUCCUCGCCCGCUCCCCCAAGGUCUCCCUUGGAGGAAAGCAAGUGGAUGGGCUGGCCAUAAUGGUGGCACCACAAGCAAGCCCCUGUGUAACUCUAACUUCUUUGGGACUCGAUCGCCGUGUAUUCUUAGCUUGUUUGGGCACUUUCCCUGCUUUGCUUUUCUUCAAUGGGGAUCGCCAGCCAGCAUUUGUACAGUACGUACACCGCAUUCACAACACCUACCAUUUAUACUGCCUGCAAAGAAAAAGAAGAAGCGUUAUGCAGAAGAUGAAAAAGGCGUCACUGCUGCUAGACUCCCAGGACAGCAAGACCUGCUUACAACAUUCGAGAAGCGCGCACACGGAGGAAAGGAUUGGUCCAGAUAGUGAAAUGAAAAGAAGAAACAUCGUGCCAUGGUGCAACACGGAAAGCCAAGAGAGAGUGAGAGAGCAUCCACGAUGAGGGUGGGACAUACUGUUCGGACACCCCCACCAGCCCCCACCCCUAAACUGACUGUGACUGAUUAACUGGCUGGCUGGCUGGCUGAGCCGUUGAACAACUUGUUCGGAGACACAAAAAAUAACACCAUUGUUGUUGGCGGGAAAUGCGAUGUGUUCUCUUCGCAUCUCCAAAGCAGCACCCCCAAAAGAAAAUAAAAAGAGUCGUCUCA